UAAGAACUGCAGGUACACCCCGCCGAGUGUUUGGGUGGAGGCCUUAACAUGACGACCUGGUGAACAUGGCAAGGAACCUCUCACCAACACAGCAGAAGAUUGCUGAGAAGCUCUCCAUUUUAAAUGACAGGUGUUCCGGCAUACUUACUAGAAUCUACAACAUCAAAAAGGCAUGUGGGGAUGCAAAAUCCAAACCAGCAUUCUUGUCUGACAAAAGUCUGGAAUCAUGUAUCAAACACAUCGUCAGAAAGUUUCCCAGCAUCGACAGCAAGUCGUUACAAGCCUUGACCAAUGUGCGGACAGACAUCAUGAAGUCCCUCUCCCUCUACUACUACACAUUUGUUGACCUCCUUGAUUUGAAAGAUCAUGUUUCUGAACUCCUUACAGUUAUGGAUGCCUUGGGGAUGUCAGAGUCACUUGACAUUAAUGUGAACUUUGAACUAGCUAAGAGCUACUUGGACCUUGUAACGAACUAUGUAACUUUGAUGAUCCUUUUGUCACGAGUGGAGGAUCGCAAGGCUGUGCUAGGACUCUUUAAUGCUGCUCACGAAAUGGUCAAUAAUCAGGGAGAUCCAAGUUUUCCACGUCUUGGUCAAAUGAUAACGGAAUAUGAAAGUCCGUUGAAGAAAUUGAGUGAAGAGUUUGUUCCCCAUGCCAAGCUUCUAUCUGUUGCUCUCAGCUCGCUUUGGAUUCUCUACCCACGGAGAAAUCUACGAGCAGAACAGUGGAGGGCAGCACAGAUGUUAAGUUUGGUAAGCACACCUAGUCAGCUCCUUAACCCUGCACAAACUGAUGUGAUGCCCUGUGAAUAUCUCUCUCUUGAUGCUAUGGAGCGAUGGAUCAUCUUGGGCUACAUGCUAAUACCUCAGACACUCCAGAAACCUCAGGCCCUCGAGUGCUGGACACAAGCAUUGCAAACUGGUUGGGCCAUUACUUUGUUCAGAGAUGAAGUGCUGCAUCCACAUUCAUAUGUCCAAUCCUUCUUAGAAACUAAAAAAGAGCUGAGUAAACGUAUAUCGGAUGUCAAGGAGAGCUAUUCUCAAGCUGUUACUCAUGCGCCACUCAUGCAUCGUGAGCGACGUAAAUAUCUCCGGACAGCCAUGAAAGAACUGGCCCUAAUCUUGACUGAUCAACCAGGAUUAUUGGGCCCCAAAGCCCUUUUUGUAUUCAUGGGCCUCAGCUUUUCAAGAGAUGAGGUAUUGUGGCUUCUACGUCACCAUGAGAAUCCUCCUCUACACAAAGUCAAGGGCAAGUCUGCAGAUGAUUUGGUUGAUCGCCAGUUACCAGAACUUCUUUUUCAUAUGGAGGAAAUCCGAGCUCUAAUCAAGAAGUACUCCCAGGUACUGCAGCGAUACUACACUCAGUACCUCUGUGGUUAUGAUGCUAUUGCUCUUAAUCAGUUGAUACAGGAACUGCAGAACUUACCAGAAGAAGAAUCAAUAAUAUUGUCUUCUAUGUGCAAUGAAAUUGGAAACCUCUCUGUUAAACAAGUAGAGGAAGGAACAUCAUUUGACUUUCGUGGCAUCCGUCUUGAUUGGUUCCGGCUACAAGCAUAUGCUACUGGUAACCGAGCUGGGUUGAACCUCAAGAACAAUCGGGAGUUAGCUGCACUCAUCAAUCAAAUUGUUUUCCAUACCAAGAUGGUUGAUUAUCUUGAUGAGAUGCUUAUUGAAACAUCAGAUCUUUCUAUUUUCUGCUUUUUUAGCAAACAGUUUGAAGACAACUUCCACAUGUGUUUAGAGUUUCCUGGCCAAAACCGCUACAUCAUCUGCUUCCCGUUAAUAUGUUCCCACAUGCAAGCUUGUACUCACGAGAUCUGCCCAGAAGAGAGAUACCACAUACGAGAACGAAGCUUGUCAGUAGUCAACAUGUUCCUGGAAGAGAUGGCUAAAGAAGCAAAAAAUAUUAUUACUACCAUCUGUGAUGAACAGUGCAUCCUCUCAGAUAAGCUCCUUCCGAAGCAUACAGUUCCUCUUCUAAUUCAUAAAAAGAAAGAAAAGAAAAAGAAAAAAGAAGACACAACAGAAGGACGACCUGGAUAUGAAAGUCAUAGGAAGACCAGGGAGGACCUGACCACGAUGGAUAAGCUCCAUAUGGCUCUGACUGAGCUCUGCUUUGCUAUAAAUUACAGCAGUCAAAUCCAGGUGUGGGAAUAUACUUUUGCUCCCAGAGAAUAUCUGUAUCAACAUUUGGAACAAAGGUUUACACGGGCCUUAGUUGGGAUGGUGAUGCACAAUCCUGACACCAAUGAGAUUGCUAAACCUUCAGAGCUAGUAGCUAGUGUUAAAACAUAUAUGAGUGUUUUACAGACAGUUGAGUAUUAUGUGCACAUCGACAUCACCCGAGUGUUCAACAAUGUCCUUCUGCAGCAGACUCAGGUUCAAGAUAGCCAUGGGGAGAAGACCAUCACAGCACACUACAAUGCUUGGUAUUCUGAAAUUCUCCUACGUCGUGUGAGUGCUGGCCACAUUGUCUUCUCCAACAAUCAGCGUGCCUUUGUCUCUCUCACUUCUGAGGGAGCCCAGCCCUUUGCUGCUGAAGAAUUCUCAGACAUAAAUGAGCUUCGAGCAUUAGCAGAACUUAUUGGACCAUAUGGCAUGAAGGCAUUAAAUGAAAAUUUGAUGUGGCACAUUGCUAACCAAGUUCAGGAAUUGAAGAAACUUGUAAUUCUGAACAAGGAAGUUUUGCUCUCCAUGAGAACAAAUUUUGACAAACCUGACCAAAUGAAGGAAUUGUUCAAGAAAUUGCAGCAGGUAGACAGUGUUUUGUCACGUAUGCAGAUAAUUGGUGUCAUCCUGUGCUUCCGAAAGUUGGCUCAGGAAGCGCUUGCUGAUGUUCUUGACAAUCGCAUUCCAUAUCUGAUGUCAUCUAUAGCUGACUUUAAGCACCAUGUACCCAAUGGAGAUACCAUGAUUGAGAACAUUAAGCUCCAGCUUGUGAAUGAGAUGUCCUCGGCUGCUGGCCACCCUUGUGAUGUUGACCCAGCACUAGUAAAUGUAUUACGGUCACAUAAAAGUGAGGUUCCAGAUGAAGAAUUUGUCAUCACAUGUCUAUUGAUGGUAUUUGUUGCUGUGUCCAUCCCUAAGUUAGCUCGUAUGGAUAGUACAGUAUACAAGACAGCAUAUGCUGCCCAUGCAAAUAAUUCACACUGCUUAGCCCAAGCUGUCAACACAUUAUUUGCAGCUCUCUUUACGUAUUGUGGACGGGGGCAAGAUAUUGAAGAAAGACUGAAAGAAUUUCUGGCGCUUGCAUCAUCAAGUCUUCUCCGCCUGGGUCGGGAGAAUGAUAAGGACGUUAUUAAGAACCGAGAUGCUACAUAUAUCCUGCUCCACCAAAUUGUAGUACAAUCUCCAUUCCUUACCAUGGACCUUUUGGAGGCAUGUUUCCCUUAUGCCCUCAUCCGGAAUGCCUACCACACUGUGCACAAAGCUGAGCAUUGAACCUCGCCUAUCUCACUGAUUCAUAAUGUUAAACCUGAGUUAUUAGUCACUUUUUGAGUCAUAGAGUUUAUAUAUUUCUUGUUUACUAGAAUGCUCAAUAUAUAUAUAUACAGUCUACAGUACAUGUGGAUGAUUUGUUCAGAAAACCAGAGUUAUAAAAUGUAUCCUUACUUGAGAAUCCUGAAUUGUGAGUAAGCAAUAUUUUUCAUAUCUCAUACUGAUGAUUUGUUCAUGUAGUUUAAACUUAUAACAGAUGUAUCAUGUAUUAUGUAUCAUCCUUUGAUGUAAAGUAGUACUGUACAUCUCAGGAUAAAAGGCAACUUAACCCCUAUAGCAGUGAGCAUGGGAAAACCUGUUCUGCCUGGCUUGAGUUUUGAAAAUAUAAAUAUAUUAUAUCUUUGUUUUUAGAGUCAUGGAAAUGACAUUCAUACAAAUUCAAGACUUUGUAAAUCAAUCGAAAAUACAUCACUGUAAUUAAACUACAGUUUGGAGAAUUUUGCAGAAAAAGGUAAAGGAAUUCCCCACAUCUGUAUUGUUAUGAGCUGGUCUUGGAACUAGUAGGCCAGUAGUCUUUCAACUUAACAUUAGCCAAAACCAUAUACAUUCCACUCAUAGUUGUAACAGGCCAUUUGUUCAGUCAUCACUAUCACAAAAAUCGAACAGUCCUUGGUAAGAUAUCAGUAGAAAAAUUCUUGUCUUAUCCCUUAGUUAUAGUCAUGGUAGAAUAUGUGAACUUAAAUGAAAUGCAAAGCACAUUUGUUAGCUGGGUGGAUCCCAUUUGGGAAAUAGAUGGUUAGAGGUCUGAGGCAUGUGGUGUCUGCAUGUCUUAGAAUUUGGCUUCAAUCUAAUGGCACAAAAAAUUUGAAGUCUGUAUGGACACAUGAUGCAGUUGUAACUUCUGUUAUUUGUACUUGUAUGUCAUUACUAUUUUAGGGGAUAAAUUAUUUUCACAUAAUGUUGGUUGAUGUUGAAUUGUGUUACUUUGCCUCACCAGCAUUUGCAAAGUGGGUGUGGUCAAAUAUAGAAUUGUCAGUAAGGAAAUCUGAACAAAAAACAAAGUACAAAUCUGAAGUGAUCUUUCUUGAAUACAGAAGUUCAGACAGAAAGUAAGAAAUUGUAUGCUGGAAAAAGUACUUGUUCAGAGUCAUAUUUAUUACACUGUGUUCAAAGAUAGUUUUAAUUAGUUUAUUACAUUAUUCACAAGACAAUAUUAGUUUCAAUUUUAGUUCAUUACUCAUGAAACAAUAUUGCCCAUCAUUAGAUUGAGCAUUCUAGUGUUACUUUAUUUGUAUAUACUGUAACUGCAUCAUUUGAAGAUUAAGUAUUAAGUCAAGAAUGGAAAAAGUUAUAGUAUACGUAUAUAAUUUAAAUGUAGGAAAAGUGAAUCUUGCUUCAGAAAGUAACAAGAAAUUAUCCCUAUUUUGAGAAUGUAAAGGAAGCUAAUGUCACCAUCAAAAUGGAUUUUUGUUUAUCUUACAGAAUUAUUUAUUAAUACUUGACUGAAGUGUUUCUCUUGACUACAGCCUUUUGUUGCCUUUGAGAGUUAUAUCUUGCAUUUUUCUUUUUAUAAAAAAAUAUUUGUAUGGAACAAAGCCAACUUUAAACAUAUCUUUUUCAUUAGUGUUCUUUUUAUAUACACUGUACUGUGUAUUUUUAUUGAACAGAAAGAACUUAUUCAGGAAAAAUAAAUAAAAACUUGUAAUGAGGUAUAUAAAAUCAUUCUUAGUUUGAUAAGAAUUUAAGCUUGCCAUUAAAUAAUGAUUUGUCCCAGAGAUCCAUAAAUCUUGGCUUCAUGAUUGAGGCACAGGACAGUGAGUGGCUCCUGGUUUCCAUGAUACAGUAGUACUUGUUAUUUAAUGGCAAAGGUAAAUCUUACAUGGUAUUUCUGAAUGAGGAUAUUAAGUUAUUAUGUUCUACAGGACACUCCAUUGCAAAAGUAUUUGAAGGCUGUAAAUAUAAUGUUAAAUCAGUAAGGAAAAUUUGGCAAUUUA